ACAAUCAUUGGCUGGCAGUGAAUGACGCCAUGGAUGACGACAUGACAGCCCAACGACAGCCACAGCACAGACUCCGGACACAAACACAACGAGUCAUAAACAGACAGACCUUUGACUUAAAGCCAAAACUGUUGUCCAAAUCGGGAACCAAUACAAGAAUGAGCGCAAAUCACUGCACCGUUGAGUCUUCGGCUAAACACACGGCAACCAUUAUAUUUCUUCAUGGAUUGGGAGACACCGGGAAGGGUUGGAUCGAUACCAUCGCUCAGAUCAGACCACCGUUUGCUAAAUGCAUUUGUCCGACAGCUCAAGUGAUGCCGGUGUCCCUAAACGGUGGUUUCCCAAUGCCCUCGUGGUUUGAUCUCUUUUCACUUGAAUCCGAUGCUCGGGUCGAUGAAGAGGGCAUCAAAAGAGCCACAGUUCUGGUCCACGAGUUGAUAGCGAAAGAGGAAAGGUCUGGAAUAGCGGCCAAUCGUAUAGUAUUGGGUGGUUUCUCACAGGGAGGGGCACUCGCGCUGUACGCGGGCCUCACUUAUCCCAAACCUUUGGGCGGCAUUUUGGGAUUCAGUUGUUGGCUUCCGAAACACCAACAGAUGCUAUCACUCAUUAACGAUAACAAAGAGGUUCCGGUCCUUCAAUGUAAGCAAUUUUCAAGUCACGGAGACAGUGAUCCACUCGUUCAGACCCGUUGGGGCCAAAUGACUGCUGAUGUCCUCUCGAAGACACUCACUAAAUAUCAAUUCAAGAUUUAUAAAGGAAUGGCUCACAGCUCUUGUCCUGAGGAAUUAAACGAUGCAAAAAGUUUUAUAGCUAAAUGUCUGUCCAAUUAAUCAAUGGCUCAUAUACUGUAUAUGUAUGAAACAAGUUUUAUUAUGAAAGCAAUCAUUUAUUUGCAAAAUUAGUUUAAAUUCAAACACAAAUAGCUAUUUAUAAAAAUAUAUAGUUUACUAUAAAUUAAGCCGAAAACACAGUAUCUAUUACUUUAAUGGUAACGAUUCUAUACAAACACGAUUUAAUAGACUUAAAUACAGCGAAGAUUUUAUUUUUGUAUUUAUUUUUAAAUUUGUCAUUAAUUUUGAUGAGUUCUUCCAAACCAGUAAUAGUGAUGACUCCCAAACCCUUUCCAACCGAUGUUUCCAAUGAAUAUUUGCCGAAUUCUAUUAAACCAAUUAUUUUUCUCGUCA